AUGGAUCUACUGUCUGCAAGAGCCACUGCAAAUAAAAUAGGAGAGAGAACAAGAAAUGUGAAUGGGAUCUUUCCCCUGUUGGUGCUAUUGUUGCUCACUUUCCUUCUGAUGCUGGGUCUGAGUAAAAGUCUGGAUGAUGACCUUCAAGAGAAAUCUUUUGAAGAGGAGCACAUAGACUACCCUAAGUCAAACCGCUUGUUCAGGUACUGUAACUCCAUGAUGCUGUUGAAAAAAAUCCGAGGACCCAAUGACACCUGCAAGCGAAAGCAUGUAUUCAUCCAUGAGAGGCUAGACAACAUUGUUAGCAUGUGCAACAACUUUACUACUAUUACUACAUGCAAGUACCCCUCAAGGAUGAACUGCCACCAGAGCCAGAGGAAGCUCCAGCUGACAGACUGUAAACUCACUGAAGGUAGAAGGUUCCCAGGAUGCAAGUAUCAAUCUCUCCCCAAGUUCAACUCCAUCCUCUUCAACUGUGAUGAAAUUGGGCCUGUAUACUUAUAUAAAAUUGUGGAGGAUUCCUAG